AUGAACAAGCUAGAGAGCAAAUUAAAAAGUUUCUUGGUGAUUUUUGAGUUAGUCAUAUGCAAAUUAUCAGUAGAGACCUAUAUUGAAAAGAGAUUUGGAUUUGAACUAGAUUAAAGAUAAUAUAUUAACUUGAUAUAAUAGGUUGAUGCAUCAAUAGAUGGAAAUCAAAAUUUUAAAGCAAGAUAAAUAGUAUUUACAAACAAAGGAAUUCAUAUGAUGAGAUAUACAAACAAUAAAGCUUGUAGUGUGUUUCCACCAGAAAAUUUAUGUCCUGAAGAUCCGAAAACUAAAUACAAAUUUAAACAUGAUAAAAUACUUGAAGUAGUAAUAUUUCUUGAGGUGGUUCAAAAACUUUUUAUCAUAUUCUAGCUCUCAGAGGAAAUGAUAAAUCUAAAGGAUGUGAUAUAAGAUCAACAAGCAACAAUAAAAGAUGACUAAACUUUGCUUGGAACUAUUCAUGUGAACUUAGGUUUGGGUGCAAAUCCCUCAAGAAGUUUAUUGAGUAGUUUUUGGGGAGAAGAAUAAAUCAUUUAAAGCAGUUUAUUACUAGCACUUUCAAAGACUCACGUAGUACUCUUAAACGAAUAUUGGAGCAAAUGGUUUUGUAUUGAUGAUUUUGAAAAAAUAUAAGCAUUGCUAGAAAAAAUGUAGCAAAAGCUAAAAGAUGCUGAUGAGGGUCAGUCGAUGGCUCAAAAAGCCGAAGAAAAUAAAAUAAAAGUAGCGGUAACAGGGACUCUCUAAUUAGUUUUAAAGAAAACUCUAAGUGAAAUCAUGGACUUGCAUGUUCAUAAGGGCAAAGAUUCAGUUGUUGAAUUACAAUUUGGAAAUAACAAAAUUGAAAAACUUAUUUUCCCAUGUGAUUAUAGCAGAUAGUAAUUUAUUGAAUCCUUGCUAGAUGUUAAAUUAGGAAGAUCAAAUGGUGAUCAGGACAAUAUGUGA